AUGGAGUGUUUGCUGCUGAUGCAUGCUCGAUUCGAAGGAGAUCGUUUUAGAAGUCGAUCGCGGCGUGCAAACAUCGAGUAUUUGCGGCGCUUUCUCAAGCGUAACCGACUUUCUAUUAGGCGCAUUACCCAUAAAGGACGCAAGCGAAGAUCCGACAUGGAGCUUGUUGCUGCCACAUUUAGCCACUCUAUUCAGUAUGCCAUUGAAGAGCGGGGAGCGCUUUCUUUCAACCAAGGCGCCUUCAAGUAUGAAGCCGUCUUUAAUAUGGACCAAACAGCGAUCAACAUUGACAUGAACGGCAAAACAACAAUUGAUUUUGUUGGAACUCAAACAGUGGAUGUUCUUCAAGGUAGUGAGGCGGACGGAUUUCGCUGCUCCGUAUUUUUGACAGCAUCGGUUACUGGAGUAAAGCUUCCCCCGCUUAUCGUGUAUGCGGGCAUCCCCGGGGGUAUCUCAGGAUGUCUGGAAUCCCUAAUUCGGAAAUUCUGCCUGCGAACAUACAGUACAGAAGAAGGCUUUUUGCAACGAAGCUGUGAUGCAUGA